CUGUGCGCUGCCGCUGAUCAAAUAGCCUAACCUCUAAUCUCAUUUAUUUCAAUUUUAUUCUUAAAACAUUUGACUGUGGUUGACAUAACUAAUAACUACGUUCAAUUUUAAUCUUCAAUGUGUUUCAAGUAAUUCAUUGAUAAGUGGGACUGAUAAGACAGAACAUACUUUUCUCUAGCAAAGUAUAAUUCACAUUUGCCUUUUUUUAUGAAUUUAAUUGUUUCCACAGUAUUUUAAUGUUUCUAUAUUAGACUUUUGAUAUUUAUAACACAAUAACACUUUUUGUCAGUAUUGCUAAAUUUGGUUGAACAAUCAAAUGCUAAUUGCUGACUGCUGUUUUAGAAGUUUGGCGAGGCGGUUAUUGGUGUCUUCGAAUUUAUUUGAGACAGUGGCUGCUCGUAAACUAUCAUCCAAUAUGUCCAAGGAGAAAUUUCAGCUGCCCGAUCGUUACAAAACUGUGGGAAACAGUGUAUGGAAUGAGUUUACUCAGUUGGCUAUCGAACAUAAACCAUUAAAUUUGGGACAAGGAUUUCCAGACUUUCCAGCCCCUGAUUACGUUACUAAAGCACUUGCAGAUGUCGCCGCUGGAGAGGAAGCACUUCUCCAUCAAUAUACUAGAGGAUUUGUAAGUAAUUGCAAUAUUUUCUCAAAAAAUACAGAAUGCACAUUAUUAUUUAGCUACUCAAAAGAAAUAGUUCGUUUGAAUUUACUUAAUUAGUUUAAUAACCAAAGG